AUUGGUCCAGAAUGCGUAAAAUCUGCAAUCAAGACGGUUUGGUUCAUUAGUGCGGGGAACCAGUGAGAAGGGACGUGUAAGACAGACACAGUUACACAGUGAUCUUGGAAGAACCUACCAAUUCUACAUCAUUGCUCAAGACUUUCGCAUCCUUGUUUUUGGGGGCUGCUUAGUUUCUGUGUGUAGCGGCUCGAACAGAAGGAAAGCUCUAAAUCUAGAUAUAAGUGUCAAUGUUGCUCUUUUGAAGGAUUUUAUCACUGUGCUGGAUAACUGGACAUACUCGACGGUAGUGACAUUUCCUACCAGUUCUCUGUAACUACUGUGAAACCAACGCUGUGUUACAGCUGUGAGAUUGCGACCGCAGUCGGACUUACGCGUGCGACAGACGCAAUUAUUUUAUGAUAUUACAGUUUCAUCUGGCUUUUGGAUGCACCGAUGAGAGAUCCAGUUUUCACAGCGAACGCUAUGGCUUAUCACCCUUUCCAUGCGCCCAGGCCGGCAGACUUUCCCAUGUCAGCUUUCCUCGCCGCGGCUCAGCCCUCGUUCUUCCCAGCGUUCACUUUACCACCGGGUCUCAGUAAACCUUUGGCGGAUCAUGCGCUCUCCGGGGCGGCUGAGGCCAGCUUACACGCGGCGCUCGGACAUCACCACCAGGCGGCUCAUCUCCGCUCCUUCAAGAGUCUCGAGCCAGAGGAGGACGUUGAAGACGAUCCUAAAGUUACAUUAGAAGCUAAAGACCUUUGGGAUCAAUUCCACAAAAUUGGCACCGAGAUGGUCAUCACUAAAUCAGGAAGGAGAAUGUUUCCUCCGUUUAAAGUUCGUGUGAACGGCCUCGACAAAAAAGCCAAGUAUAUACUUUUGAUGGAUAUUGUUGCGGCAGACGACUGUCGGUACAAAUUUCACAACUCUCGAUGGAUUGUCGCAGGAAAGGCCGAUCCGGAGAUGCCCAAACGAAUGUACAUUCACCCGGACAGCCCGGCCACGGGUGAACAGUGGAUGGCAAAACCUGUUGCUUUCAACAAACUCAAACUGACCAACAAUAUCUCGGACAAACAUGGAUUUACCAUUCUAAAUUCGAUGCACAAAUACCAACCCAGGUUUCAUAUCGUUAGAGCCAACGAUAUUCUGAAGCUCCCUUAUAGCACCUUCAGGACAUAUGUAUUUCCCGAGACAGAUUUUAUAGCUGUCACUGCAUAUCAGAAUGACAAGAUCACACAACUGAAAAUCGAUAAUAAUCCAUUCGCAAAAGGAUUCAGAGACACGGGGAAUGGAAGAAGAGAAAAAAGUUUAACUUUUAGAAAACAGUUAGCCCUGCCGUCAAUGCGCAUGUUUGAUGAUCAGAGCAAAGUGGAUCGAGAUGGAGGAGACUCGGACGACUCGUCCUGCGAGCAAACUGGGAGGGAUUCAGUUCAUUCACCGAUGGGACCAGCAACAAGUCCACUUAAAUUCAACAGAUCCAGAGAUGACAAAAACUGCAAUGAAAGUGACGACGAAUUUGACCAACACGAUGAUGGAAUAGUCCGAGUCGGUAGUCCAGAUCAGAGACCACGAUCACCAUUCGGCCCACAUUGCGAGGACAGAGUCAAGGACAGAUCUAAUCAAGAAAAGAAAGGGGACUAUUCGGAUUCAAGGAAAGAAACUGACUCUGCCUUCAGCAUCAGAAACUUGGAGAAGGACAAACUGGAUGGCAGGAAUUUGAAAGAAUCGGAUACCUCCAAAAAGGAUGCAGACUCUGUGGGCCUGAGCGCAGUCAAAGAUGCCUAUUCCCCUCUGAUGGUUCAAACAGAAAGCCCAGCACAUUUUAGUGCAAGUCACUUGCAAAGUCUAGCCCUCUCUGGCUUACACAAUCAACAUUUCUUUAACCCACUGAGUACCGGACAACAACUCUUAUUUCACCCCGGGCAGUUUGCUAUGACUCCAAGUGCUUUCUCGAGCAUGGGCAUGGGACACUUGUUAGCCUCCAUGUCUGGAGCUAGUGGACUAGAGAAUGGCAGCCUCUCCCAGAAUACCAGCUCACCCAACCCUUUCCAAUUCCACUUAUCACAACAUAUGCUUGCAUCUCAGGGUAUCUCCAUGCAACCGUUCGGGGGGUUGCUUCCCUACCCGUACUCGUACAUGGCGGCUGCAGCUGCAGCGGCUUCUGCGCUCCCCGCAGGCUCAGCCGCCUCCACCCUCGGCCGGAACCCAUUUCUCAGCAGCACGCGGCCAAGGUUGCGAUUCAGCCCCUAUCAGAUCCCAGUAUCAAUACAUCAGAGCUCCGGUCUGCUCGCCACCGGCGUACCAAGCGCUCUGAGCGCGGAGACAGAGUCAUCAAAAUCAGGCAGCAGGGAGAGCAGUCCUAUGUCUGAACAACACAGCCAUAAAACUGGAAGCGGCCAGAAUACUGGAUCUCCCAAAUCCACGGGAAAGGAUUCCGUUAACGAACUGCAGAACAUACAAAGAUUAGUCAGCGGACUUGAGAAACACAGAGACGUGUCAUCCCGUAGCGAUUCACCAAAGUGACCCCACGACAAUUCACUCUUUCUGAUUGCAUAACUAUGCUUCAAUGAAAAAGAGUUCAAAGUUGACACUUGAAAUGAUGGCUCGGGCAUUGGAUCAUCCCUCAUCAACAGUAGGCUAUCACCUAGGCCUACCUGGAUUUCAAUGAGAACUGUAGCAGUUACGUCCCGUUUUCGGAAUUUUUUUUUUUUUUUUUUUUUUUGGUUAUCAUUUCCAAAAAAAAUCAGGCCCACACUUUUCAGUGUAUUUACCAUCAAUCUCUGACAAGAUCUGAGGAUGCUCAGCGUUCGAGUUGCUUGUGCCUGGGACCUGUUUUUCUAAUUAUUUAUAAUAAUAAAAGUAAAACACUUAUAUGUAAAUAAGGUUGUUGAACUGAAGGAGACGGAUUUUAAUUUAUUAAAAACUGUAUAUUGGUGUGUAAAUAGCCUACUACUAGGUCUCGAUUUGUUACAUUUGCUAUAUUUUCCCAUGUACAAAUAUGAACAUUUUCUAGCGCUUGUUAGCAGGAACCCGAAUGUGUUCUGUUUGGGAUAUCCUGCCAGAUAGGCCUAAGGAAAAGCCACUGUACAUCUAAAUCUCUGGUGAUACAUUUGAAAGCGAUUUCAUUUGUAGCAGAAUUCAACAAAAGAUGUUUUAAUAUAAUGACAGGGACAGCUCAGGUUUCUAUCUAAUCGCGCAUUGUGUAGUUUCGCUUAUGAGAGCUAUCUGUUUAAACAUCUCAGUGCUGGAUUUUCGGGUAAAUGAGCGAUUCUGUUGCACCCUCUCAGUUUCAAUAAAACGAAAGUGUUCAUUUA